UAAGUGUUUGGGGGAAAGGUCUUAGAAACAUGAUGCACUAUGGUAAGCUUUAAAAGAAAUGUAAUGGUGAAGUUUUUUGUGGUUCUCCCUGGUUGAAUUACAGUGUAAUUGGUAUUAAGUAGGAGAAGUUGGUCACAUUUAUUGAACACAAUUCCCUGUUUUUCUGUCUGUCAGAUUAAUGAUAUUAAAUCAAAACUUUAUCUCUAACAGAAUUACCAGGCUCUUAUAGGGCUUUCCACUUCCGCUUCUGGGUGUAUCACGGACAUCCCAGGGAAGAUGGGGAAAUGAGGCAUCUGGGACCCAGGUGGCCUAAUGGGGAAAGUGCUUCUACAAGGGCCUCUUCCAUAAGGCGGACAGCACCUCUCCAUCUGCUUCUCCUGCGUGUCAUCUUAUUUCAAAUUAAAAUCAUGACCAGGAGUCUGGAAACUAGCGUUCUUUCCGAGGUUUGAGUCCUUGUAACUCAGGAGCUACUCUGACCUAUGACACUCUCCGAUUUGCUGAGUUUGAAGAUUUCCCAGAGACCUCAGAGCCUGUUUGGAUACUGGGUAGAAAAUACAGCAUUUUCACAGAAAAGGACGAGAUCUUAUCCGAUGUGGCGUCCAGACUUUGGUUUACAUAUAGGAAAAACUUCCCAGCCAUCGGGGGGACCGGCCCCACCUCGGACACUGGCUGGGGCUGCAUGCUGCGCUGCGGACAGAUGAUCUUCGCCCAGGCCCUGCUGUGCCGGCACCUGGGCCGAGAUUGGAGGUGGUCACAGCAAAAGAGGCAGCCAGACAGCUACUUGAAUGUCCUCAGCGCAUUCAUGGACAGGAAGGACAGCUACUACUCCAUCCACCAGAUAGCGCAAAUGGGCGUUGGCGAAGGCAAGUCCAUCGGCCAGUGGUACGGGCCCAACACAGUCGCCCAGGUCCUCAAGAAACUUGCCGUCUUUGACACGUGGAGCGCCUUGGCCGUGCACAUAGCGAUGGACAACACGGUGGUGAUGGAGGACAUCAGAAGGUUGUGCAGAACCAGCCUUCCCUGUGCGGGGGCCACCGCGUUUCCUGCUGAUUCCAGCCCACACUGCAAUGGGUUCCCUGCGGGAGCCGAGGUCACCAACAGGCCAUCACUGUGGAGACCCCUGGUGCUUCUCAUCCCCCUGCGCCUGGGGCUCACAGACAUCAAUGAGGCCUACGUGGAGACGCUGAAGCGCUGUUUCAUGAUGCCCCAGUCCUUGGGGGUGAUUGGAGGGAAGCCCAACAGCGCCCACUACUUCAUCGGCUAUGUUGGUGAGGAACUCAUCUACCUGGACCCGCACACGACGCAGCCGGUGGUGGAGUGUGCGGCCGGCUGCUCGAUCCCAGACGAGAGCUUCCACUGCCAGCACCCCCCCAGCAGGAUGAGCAUCGCAGAGCUCGACCCGUCCAUUGCUGUGGGCUUUUUCUGUAAGACCGAGGACGACUUUAAUGAUUGGUGCCAGCAAGUCAGAAAGCUGUCACUGCUCAGUGGCGCCCUGCCCAUGUUCGAGCUGGUGGAGCAGCAGCCUUCCCACCUGGCCUGCCCCGACGUCCUGAACCUGUCCUUAGAGUCUUCUGAUGUGGAGCGAUUAGAAAGAUUCUUUGACUCAGAGGAUGAAGACUUUGAAAUCUUAUCCCUUUGAAAUCAUCCCGGAGUCAGGGGACAUCUCCACUGGCCCUCGCUGGGACGCCGUCGAGAGCCCAGCCCGGCCUCGGGGCGCAUGGUGCCACGCAUUUCAUCCAUCCAGCCACCUGCCUGCCGAGUGCCGUGCCCGCCACCUCUGCCCUCGGCCAGAGGACGGCCCUGUCCUGGAGGCCUGACUGCAGGGCUGGGACCACGAGGCAGCGCACGUCGGGCUGGGGGAGCAGCGCCCUCACAACACGCCAGCCCUGCGUCAGCAUCGCUCCGUCCUGCUUCCUCCUGGGCGCUGGUUCUGGGUUUGCUUUGGAAUUAAAAGUCCUGUUUGAAGUCACAGACAUGAAUUUCUGUUGGGCGUGUCCCAAGUCCGCCUGGAAGACCUGUGGGCAGCUGCCGUGGACUGGGCCCCGCCCUCUGCCUGCAGCCCUGCCAGAAUUCCUGGGGGCUGCCGCAGUGGGAGACUGGGGUGCGAAACAGCAAGGGCCAGUCACCGUACAUGUGACUCGCCAGGACAGCACAGGUGAAGCCACGUGUGGCCUGCCUGCCUUUCAUCCUCUCAGCCCCACGAGCUGCUGCUUGUCCCACCAGCUUCCCCUCGCUGGGCAGUGGAUGGCGGGGAGCUGCCCUGGCCGUGGCCCUCAGGCCCACGGUGGGGUAUGGGGCACGCACACAAGCCUGGCUGGCAGAGGCCGAGGGGGCCAGGCAUGCCGGCGCCCGGAGCCUUCCUCCAUCUCCUCCGUCUCCGUCCUCAGAACUGCCCUUCAGGUCACCGAGGCUUCAGAUGGUUUGGGGCCAGAGGGUGAAACCUUGAGUUGAUGGUGCAAGACAGGCACCCCGUCUCUUCUCGCGCAUUUGGAGACAUUUCCGGGCCCUUCUCAACACUGACCGACGUCAGCACCUGCCGCCUGACACCUUGGGGUCUGGGGCCCCAGGCACUGCUCCCACGCAGCCUUGCUCUCCGUCCUUCGUCUCCUGGGACGUGGGAGUCAGGCUGGGGGGACUCGGGGAGCGCAGCCUUCUUCCCAGGGAGCCUUCCUCGCGAUGCCCCUCCCUCCCUGGGUGGCUGCAGAUGGCCCUGGUCCUGCCAGCCCACAAGGUGGCAGAGGACACCCCAGCCCCUAGUGUUGCCGACAUAAGUUAUUUUCCUCAUUUUCUGCCUUUCUGUCCCUCCCUCCGUCCUCCCCCUUUGUCCUCGGGCUGGGUGGGGAAGGAAGGUUGGGUCGUUUCCAUUCCUUCAGCUGAACCUGGGAGAAGAGCCACCCCCGCCGGCUGGGGCCAGGCCGGGAGCGUCUCGCUGCAAGUCCUGCUGUUGGUAUCAGCGGUGGAGCAGGUGACAAGUUGACCAAAGGGGAGCUUUGUCUUGGUGAUUUGAAAAAGGCUUAUUGAAGGAAUGUUGCUCAUUCUUAGUAUAGUUUGCGAUUCUUCAUGGCAAAUAAUAACAAUUUCAGUAGAAAACA